CCAAGUCUUGUGGCAGAGUUUUGAUUACCCUGGCAACACUUACCUUCCCUACAUGAAGCUCGGGUUCGACCGUAAAACCGGAUUGAACCGGUUUCUAACGUCAUGGAAAUCCCAGAACGACCCGGGAACCGGCAACGCGACAUACAGGAUGGACCGGACCGGGUUGCUGCCGCAACUGUUUCUAUACACGAACAAUGCUCCCUUGAUGCGGGUUGGGCCGUGGACGGGUCUAAGAUUGAGCGGGGCAGCGGAGAUGACUCAAGACUUCAUCUUCAGCUUCUUCUUCAUCGACGAUUCAAACGAGGUUUCAUCAAUCUACAGAGUGAACGACCCAAACCUGCUUUCGAUCUCUGUGCUGGAGGAAACCGGGUACCUAAGGCGGUUAGUAUGGCAAGCUCACGAGGGGAAGUGGUUCGAGCUCUGGAACGGUCCACGGGAAGAGUGUGACCACUACAGAAGGUGCGGGUCGAAUUCCAUUUGUAACCCUUAUCAUGAAGAGACGUUCUUGUGCGAGUGCUUGCCAGGAUUCGAACCCAAGUCGGAGAGAGAGUGGUAUCUGAAAGACGGGUCAAGUGGGUGCGUGAGGAAGGCCAACGUGUCCACGUGUCGAAGCGGGGAGGGGUUUGUAGAGUUGGCGCUUGUGAAGGCGCCGGAUACAUCCAAGGCCAGCGUGGAUUUUGGGCUGAGUAUGGAGGAGUGUAGGGAUACGUGCCUUAGGGAUUGUUCUUGUGCUGCCUAUACUAGUGCUAAUCAGAGCUCAAAUACCGGUUGCAUUACCUGGCAUGGAGAUAUGGAAGAUACUAGAAAGUUCUCCCAAGUCGGACAAACUUUGUUUCUACGUGUCGAUGCACUAGAAUUGGCUAAAUAUUCCAAGCACUACAAUGACCAUGCUUCUCUUGGCAAGAAAAAGAUGGCGCUUAUUUUAGCGCUUUCUAUUUCCUUCUUCAUGUUUUUGGUCGUCACAAUCCUCAUGUACUUUUUCAAGGUUAGGAAGCAAGUUGGUAGAAGAAGGAAUCACAAGCAUUCUUCCUUUCGUAUUCACGUUGAGGAGAAUCUACAAAAUUUUGACAACACAAAAGAUUCAGAUUUGCCACUACUAUUUGAUUUAAUCUCUAUCACUUCUGCAACUCACAAUUUUUCUCCUACUAACAAGCUUGGUCAAGGUGGAUUUGGUUCUGUAUAUAAGGGUUGCUUAAUUGAUGGAAGAGAAAUAGCAGUAAAACGAUUAUCCAAAAAUUCAGGUCAAGGAACCGAAGAAUUUAAAAAUGAAGUUACCUUAUUAGUGAAACUUCAACACAGAAAUCUUGUGAGACUAUUGGGUUGUUGCUUUGAGAGAGAAGAAAGAAUGUUGAUUUAUGAAUAUCUUCCGAACAAAAGUUUGGACUUCUUUAUAUUUGAUGAAACUCAAAGAUCAUUACUAAAUUGGGAUCAACGUUUUGAAAUUAUUUUUGGAAUUGCUCGAGGAAUAUUAUAUCUUCAUCAAGAUUCGAGACUAAAAAUAAUUCAUAGAGAUCUAAAGGCUAGCAAUGUUUUACUGGAUGCUGCAAUGAAUCCCAAAAUUUCAGAUUUUGGAAUGGCUAAAAUAUUUGGUGAAGAUCAAAUUCAAGCAAGAACAAGAAGAGUAGUUGGAACAUAUGGAUACAUGUCACCAGAAUAUGCAAUGGAAGGACAAUAUUCGACAAAAUCAGAUGUUUUUAGUUUUGGAGUUUUACUUUUAGAAAUUGUUGCCGGCAAAAGGAACACAGACCAUGAUCAAGGACGAUCCUCCCCAAAUUUAAUUGGAUACGUGUGGAUACUUUGGACAGAAGGAAAGGCCUUGGAUAUAGUAGAUUCAUCACUUGGGCAGUCUUAUCCUUCUGCUACAGUUUUGAGGUGCAUUCAAGUUGGACUAUUGUGCGUGCAAGAAAAUGUGAACAAUAGACCAUCCAUGUUAGAAGUUAUUGUCAUGCUAGGAAAUGAAGCACCCAUUCGCCAACCCCAAAAACCAGCAUUUUUAUUCAGCGACAACCGAGAGCUAGUGCAAGAGCCAUCAGCAAUAAUGGAAGAUGGAUCUUCAUCAGUAAACGAAAUAACAACAAGUACAAUCUUUGGCCGUUAAACAUGACUAUCCUUGGCUCCUUCAAAUGAGAAACUCAGACCGUGUCAUAGUAGCUAGAAACUUUGUAACUAGCAUUAAUCCGAAUGAACUUUUCAUGUGACAAAAAGAACUAGAUUGAAGUUUCCCUUACGCGGCCAUUUAGUGA